GUGAAAAUUGUACUGCUACAACUAGGUAGAUACGAGGUGGUUGCGGUCUUGCGGACGCGAAGCUCUCGUCGAGGAAGAGGCUGAAAAUGUCGUUGCUCAUGCAGUCGUUUCUGGAUCCGAAGAAGAGCUGGCUAGCGGCUCAGCACAUGAAGGCUAUCUCCAAGCGCCUUCGCCAUUACGGGCUAAGGUAUGAUGAUUUAUAUGAUGGGUACUAUGACCUCGACGUGAAGGAGGCGCUUAAUCGGCUGCCGAGGGAGAUUGUGGACGCACGAAACCAGCGGAUCAAGCGUGCCAUGGAUCUGUCCAUGAAGCACGAGUACCUUUCUGAAAAUCUUCAGGGUAUGCAAACUCCAUUCAGAAGCUACCUUCAAGACAUGCUGAGUCUGGUAAAGAAAGAGAAUGCAGAACGUGAGGCUUUGGGAGCUUUGCCUCUUUACCAGCGCCAAAUUCCUUGAGUAGUGCAAUUUUCCUUCAGCUUUGCACUCUUAUGCCAAUUCCUGAGAUUCGUGUUGAAUUUUUGGCCUUGAAAAUCUCAUUAUUUCAUAAGCCAGAUGGCUUUGCUUGUUCUUGUCCCUUCUUCACUAUUAGUCGAUGAAUUAUUUAACCAUACUGUGCCUCUUGCAAUAAAAUCAGCUCAGGGAUAACCAUUUAUUUGUU